GCCAUUGUUUAGCUAUUACUGUAAUAUGUUAAGCUAGCUGAAAGUAAGGCAAGUAAGGUGUUGUUUUGUGGGGAUGUGUUGUAGUUUUACCACAGUUUUUAUUUUAUCUUUUACAAUUCUACUAAUUCUGUUGCUCAAAUAAAAUCCGCAGAUGAGACUGUUUAAAAUCAAGGAAAUUUUAGCAAAAUGGGCAAGAAACAGAAUACAAAGCCUAAGAAGGAGACCGAGACCCAGGAGGAGCCUGAAGAAUUUGUUGUGGAGAAAGUGUUGGACCAGCGGAUCGUCAACGGGAAAGUAGAGUUCUACCUGAAGUGGAAAGGCUUCACAGAAGCGGACAACACCUGGGAACCCGAGGAUAACCUGGACUGCCCCGAGCUCAUUCAGGCCUUUCUGGAUUCCCAGAAGAAUAUAAAGGAGAAGCCGGCUGCAGUGAAGAGGAAGGCCUCCACAGAUGAUGCAGAAGAGGAACCCAAGAAGAAAGAUGUGCCUGAUAAGCCUCGCGGCUUUGCCAGGAACCUGGAGCCAGAGCGAAUCAUUGGUGCCACAGACAGCAGCGGGGAGCUGAUGUUCUUGAUGAAGUGGAAAGAGUCAGAUGAAGCAGACUUGGUCCCUGCUCGUGAGGCCAACACGCGCUGCCCUCAGGUGGUCAUAUCCUUCUAUGAGGAGCGGCUGACGUGGCAUUCCUGUCCAGAGGAUGAGGCUCAGUAGCCUUUGCCUGGAUUCUGCACACCUUUAUGUUUUAGAGGUUUUUAUUGUGUUCUCUGUUCUGCUUUUUUUUUUUUUCUUCUUUAGCUACUUUAGCUGAUUUGAGACAAAAUCAUUUGUAUGGCAGUUGGGGUAUUGUAGAUUAAAAGUUUGUCAAAGCAGGUGACUGGGUUGGAUAUAAGAUUAGUCAAAAAGCGAUAAUGUCAGUCCACAUUCCAAUUUGUUUAUUUUUUUUACUUGAGUCUAUGUCAACCUUUUUGAGUUCAGUUAAAUGUUUUGUUCCUUGAUGCAAGUGCCGACGUGUUUGAAAUGAACGCUUUGUUUACAGUUUGUAAAUAUAAAGUUCAAAUAAAGGUUUUAUGUGGCCUA